AUGAAGGAGCCUCAGGGUCGAUCCUUUGGGCGCGAGAAAGAGAGUCAAGACGAGCUCGUAGUUGCUAUUGAAUCUCAACGAGAGGCCAUUGGCAAUGGCAAUGGUAUAACACCAACACAUAUCUCAGAGACAAUGUUGACGGAGAUUCUAGCGAGGUUACCUUUGAGAAGCAUCUCGAGAUUCAAAUCGGUGUGCAAGACAUGGAAAUCGACACUCGAAUCUGCGUAUUUCCGCCGUCUCUUUGUGUCUGUGCACCAAAAGUCCUCUUCCUCGUGGUCGAUUAUGGGCGGAGCAGACGAACUCAUAGGGUUCCAUGGAUGCGAGACAUUGGGUAUGCCAAAAUCUCCAGCUUCUUUCAUCCCAACUUCUUUUAAACGCUAUUAUUCUUGUGAUUUCGACUAUGCGGAUUCUUCCAGUGGAUUGGUUUUGAUUAGAGACGGCUUUGAUAAAAAUGCUCAUUGCUAUGUGGGCAAUCCAGUGUUACAACAGUGGGUCAAAAUCCCUCCUCCACCUCCUUGAGGUGAUUCUACUGUGUUUAGUUUGGUGACUCGCGUUGACGUUGAUGGUGUCGUCUCGAGCUUCAAAGUGUUUAGGUUAGCUUCAUUAGAAGUGACGAAUGAUUAUCUCUCGUGUGCUUUGAGUUCGUUUCUGUAUUCCUCUGAGACAGGGAUCUGGACUUGCAAGAUAAUUCACUGUCCUUACCAGAUCAGCAACCUCUCUAAUAUUAAUCUGAAUGGUACGAUCUACUUCUCUUGUCUGAGUGAACCUGGAGUACUCGUAGCUCAUGAUUUCUACUCUGAGUCCGAUCAAUUUCGGGUUGUGCAAUUCCCGGAUCAUUCGAGUCACAACAAGGACUUCAAAACAGCCUUGACUACAUCCGGAGGUUUUGUCAUCUAUGUCAGAGCAUUAGCUCAAAAGGAAGAAACUUUUUUCAAGGCUUGGAGGUUGAACAAUGAUCAUCAUGAAUCUUGGCAACUUCUGUGGGAUAUACGCCUCCCGAUUAUCGGUAAUUAUGCGCCCUUGGCGAUUCAUCCAUUUGAUAACGCUAUUGCCUAUCUAUGGUGUCAGCAGGAUCAUCAUUGGGUAUCAUGUAACUUGCGGACACAAAACUGUACAAUCAUCUCUUGUAAUGAUGAUCAUCAAGAUUGUUUCAUUGACCAGUCUGUUUGUGAAAAGCGUGUGGAUGAGAUAUGGAAUCCAAGAUCUUCAAGUUUGGACGAUACAGUUUCAAUCUGGUUCUACCAGUUCGUGCUUCCACGGUGGAUGGAAUCUGUGCCUUGUCCUCCCCAAGCUGAGAUGAUGGAUACAACUUCACUACUUUCUUACACUUCUUCAACGAGGAAGACAAGGAAGAGGCAAUGAUCAUCUUUGGAUUCAGUGAUAUCAGCAUGGUUUUCUUCUUCUUUGUGUUUAAGAUAUUUAUUAUUUUAAGUCGGAUUUUUCAUGUUAUCGGAUUUUUAAUAGUUUUUAUAGCAAGUUGUAGAAUUGCGUUUUCUUUGUAGAAAUCCAAUUUUUAAUUCGAGAAAGAAUCAUGUAGC